CGCGGGCCGGGGUCGCCGGGAUCGCGGACGCGGCCGAGACGGGGCGGUGGCAGUGACGGCGAGGGUUGUUGUUGUUGUCGCUGGUUGACGCAGGUGCCGCCGGGCUCGAGGGCUAGGCGGAGGGAGCGCCGCCAUGGGGACGUACCUCAGCACGCCCAAGACGGACAAGCAAUCCGCGGAUGGCGAGGGCGCCCGCGUCCGCUACGGCCUCGCCUCCAUGCAGGGAUGGCGGACCACCAUGGAGGACGCUCAUACUGCUGUGCCACAGCUUGAUGAAUGCACAUCCUUUUUUGCCGUUUAUGAUGGGCAUGGAGGAAAAGCGGUCGCUAAAUUCUGCGCCAAACAUCUACACAUGCAAUUCUUAAGAAAUGAAUUAUCUUCUUCUGGUGAUUUAGCUUCUUCUGCCCGGAAAGCCUUUUUGAGAAUGGAUGAGAUGAUGAAAGGGCAAAGAGGAUGGAGAGAACUGGCUGAGCUGGGAGAAAAGGGGCCAAAGUUCGCUGGAAUGUUGGAGAGCAUGAUUUGGUCUCCCAAAGGUGGAGAUGCAGAUAAAAUUGUGGACGGCUGGCAGAUGGAAGAGGGUCCUCAUUCUGAUUUUUCUGGGCCAACAUGUGGAAGCACAGCCUGUGUGGCUAUCAUAAGAAAUGAUCAACUGGUUGUGGCAAAUGCCGGGGAUUCCCGGUGUGUUAUCUCAAGGAAGGGUCAGGCUCACGAUUUGUCAAGAGAUCACAAGCCUGAACUCGAGUCAGAAAAAGAGAGGAUUCAGAACGCUGGUGGUUACAUUGUUGCUGGGCGGGUCAAUGGAAGUUUGAACUUGACAAGAGCAAUUGGUGAUAUGGAGAUGAAAGAAAAUAAGCUUUUGCCAGCCGAGAAACAGACUGUCUCAGCUGAACCUGAAGUGAACACAGUUACACUUUCUGAGGAUGACGAAUUCAUUGUUUUGGCCUGUGAUGGUAUAUGGGACUGCAUGUCAAGUCAACAAGUAGUGGAUUUUGUGCGUGAGAAGCUGAACACCGAGGAAAGUCUAUCUGCUGUGUGCGAGAAAGUGCUCGACCGUUGCUUGGCGCCUGAGAGUGGCGGGGAGGGUUGUGACAACAUGACGAUGAUCUUGGUUGUGCUGAAGAAGCCUACUAAUUCGGCUGCCACUUCUAGCCCGGAGCAAUCUGUGGUCACGCCUACCAAUUCGGCUGCCACUUCUAGCCCGGAGCAAUCUGCGGUCACGCCCACCAAGUCAGCUGCUACUUCUAGCUUGGAGCAAUCUGCAGUCACCAACGAAGAGAUGCGACCCAGCGAGCCUGAUGCUCCAAUGACUCCAUUAUCCAAGUAGCAGCGCUUGGAGGCCAGCCAUGGAUGGUCAGGGAGAGCUGAGACGCAGUGGAAGUAGUGCUCCGAGGCCAAGCCACAUGGUUGAGAAAGAUGUGAUGGGUGAUAGCAAGAUCGGAUGGUAGUAAGUGAAUGAAGUGGUGUAUAUAACAGAGGGAUUCUAUUCAACAAUCUCUAUAGGAUUUGUUCUUGUAGCCUUUGUCCAAUACAUAGCAGCAUCUUGGUUUGGUGGAUA